GAUUUGUAGGAGUCAUGGCGGGCUUGGUUGACUUCCAGGACGAGGAGCAGGUGAAGUCCUUCCUGGAGAACAUGGAGGUGGAGUGUCACUACCAAUGCUACCGCGAGAAGGACCCAGAGGGUUGCUAUCGGCUGGUGGACUAUCUGGAAGGAAUCCAAAAGAAUUUUGAUGAAGCCGCAAAGGUGCUGAAGUUCAACUGUGAGAAAUACGGGCAUGGUGAUAGCUGUUACAAGCUGGGGGCCUAUUACGUGACUGGCAAAGGUGGCCUGACUCAGGACCUAAAGGCUGCCUCUUCCUGCUUUCUGAUGGCCUGUGAGAAACCAGGAAAGAAAUCUGUAGAAUCCUGUCACAACGUUGGACUAUUGGCACAUGACGGACAGGUCAAUGAGGAUGGCCAGCCUGAUCUGGGGAAGGCCAGGGACUACUACAGCAGAGCCUGUGAUGGUGGCUAUGCAGCCAGCUGCUUCAACCUCAGUGCCAUGUUUCUACAGGGUGCCCCUGGCUUUCCUAAGGACAUGGGUCUGGCAUGUAAAUAUUCAAUGAAGGCCUGUGACCUGGGCCAUGUCUGGGCCUGCGCCAAUGCCAGCCGCAUGUACAAACUGGGAGAUGGUGUUGAUAAGGACGAGGCCAAGGCUGAAGUGCUGAAAAACAGGGCCCGGCAGCUGCACAAGGAACAGCAGAAAAACGUCCAACCUCUAACGUUUGGGUAGUGCGUGGCCCAGCCCCCUUCCCAGCAACAGACGAUCCACCCUGGCAGCUCCUCUCCCAUCCCAGAUGAGCCCUUGGAGGUCACUCGGUGCCAUCUGCUCCAGAGUGUCACCUGCUGGGAGUGGCCAGAGUGUUUUAGUAAAUAAUCCUUUGUGUGUA